AUGAAACCGCCAAGCACUUCCGCCAACGAGCCGCUCUUCUUCAUGCAUCACUCGUUUGUCGACUAUCUGUGGGAGCUGUGGCGUCAACUAAAACAACCGAGAUGGUUGAGAGAAGUGGCUUACUCCGACGAUAACGGCUGGUGCACCAACGCAUUACACUUCAGCUGGGCUUACAUGCGUCCUUUCCCCUACUUGGCAAACAGAGAUGGAUUAUCCAACUCGUACACCGACCAAAUGUACCGUUAUGCACCUCGACCCACAUGUUCGCUACAGAACCCCAGCUGCGGCUCACCAUACCUUUUCUGUGACACCAGAGGCUAUCCACACUGUGUGGCCAAAGUAAAAAUGAACGGUAACUGCAUGGGAUUUGAGAAUUUCGAUGCCUGCUAUAUGGGAAGAUGCUGGUGGGGACGUUGUAUUCCAGGAAAUCGUGCUUGGUCAUCGAAAAUUGUGAAAAAUGUGAAAGCCGUGAAUUCAUCUCUCCUAGUGGGUCUUAUCUCCACAUCUGAGGACGAUCCUUGCACCGCUUGGGCGGAUCAAGGGCUGUGCAGCAAACAAGCCGAAUACAUGGCAGUAUACUGCGGAGCCAGUUGUGGAGUUUGCACGCCAAGUUUUAAUAUUACGAAUGCUGAGUGCCACGAUCUCCAUCCGAUGUGCAAUGAGUUCAAAGUCCGAGGAAUGUGUGCUGGUAAUUCGGAGAGUUUCAUGAGCGAAAACUGCCGUCACUCGUGUGGAACAUGUCAUAUAAAGAAGGACCAAAAGUGCUACAACAAAGGAACUCUGAUCUUACCUGUUGUGUCGGAGAACGAUGUGGCAUCGAUUCAAGAUACGAUUCAGACAGAAGUAAAAGAAAGGGUAAAGCUUGCGAAGAAAGCUCGGAGGGCUGUGAUCUGA